AUGCAGUGGCCCCCGGCCUCUGGCGCCUCUCCGUGUCUGGGCUGGGCCUCCUCCAUCACCUGCUCCGCGGCCACGACGCUCCUGAGCCGCGCUGGCUGGGGCCCCCUCAUGGCGGCCAAGUGGUUCAAGGAGUUCCCCCUGAACCUCAAGACCGUGUCCGAGCGGGCCAAGCCUGGCGGCGGGGGUGGCAGCAACAAACUACGGAAGAAUUCGGAGGCAGGGGGCGCAGGGCCCACCCCAGGCAAGGGCCGCAAGAACUCGGCUGCGGAGUUGGGGAGCAGCAGGGCGGGGGGCGCGCCCCCCAAGGACAGCCGGCUGUCCCGGGAGAGCCUGCAGGGGCUGAUUCAGGCGGCCGCCGGCAAGGGCCGCAAGAACUCCCGCACCACCGAGGAGGAGCCCCACCGGGGCGCGGUCAAGAGCACGGGCUGCAGCACCUACAUCAACAGGCUCAUCAAGGUGGACACGCAGGAGAAGAACGGCAAGAACAGUUACCCUAGUAGCAGCAGUACCAGCAGCACGAGCAGUAGCAGUAGUUCUUCCUCGGCGUCCUCUUCCCCUUCUUCCCUGGGCCCCGAACUGGACAAAGGCAAGAUAAUUAAGCAGCAAGACACGGUCAUCAUCUUAGAAGACUAUGCUGACCCCUAUGAUGCCAAACGGACAAAAGGCCAAAGGGAUGCAGAGAGAGUAGGAGAAAACGAUGGGUAUAUGGAACCGUAUGAUGCACAGCAAAUGAUAACAGAAAUUCGGAGACGAGGUUCCAAAGACCCCUUGGUGAAGGCGCUCCAGCUCCUCGACAGCCCCAGUGAGCCCGGCGAGAGCGGCCUCAAGUCGGAGACGCUGGCCCGAAGGCUGAGCUCCAAGGACCUCCUGGGGAAGGACCUCCCGGGGAAGCCCCCGCAGCUGUACGACACCCCCUACGAGCCGCCGGCGGCCGAGGGAGGCCCGCGGGCGGAGGCGCCUGCCAGCGCGGGCCCCGAGCGCAAGGCGCGGCCUGGGGACGGCCGGCUGCCCGAGAACGACGAGCGGCCGGCGGCCGAGUACGAGCAGCCGUGGGAGUGGAAGAAGGAGCAGAUCGUGCGCGCGCUGUCCGUCCAGUUUGAAGGAUCCGAGCGAGCUUCCGCCAGGGAGGAGACUGUGAGGCAGCACCACCGGCAGAAGAGCUGGACCCAGAAGAUCUUGAAGCCCACCCUCUCUGACCACAGUGAGGGGGAGCGAGUGGACCCGGCUCUGCCCCUGGAGAAGCAGCCUUGGUAUCAUGGGGCUAUCACACGGGCAGAGGCUGAGAGUCGGCUACAACCCUGCAAAGAAGCUGGUUACCUGGUUCGAAAUAGCGAGUCAGGGAACAGUAGGUACUCCAUUGCACUGAAGACUAGUCAAGGAUGUGUCCACAUCAUAGUGGCUCAGACCAAAGACAACAAAUACACACUGAAUCAGACAAGCGCCGUGUUUGACAGCAUCCCUGAAGUGGUACACUAUUAUUCCAAUGAAAAGUUGCCUUUCAAAGGAGCAGAACACAUGACCUUACUCUACCCUGUGCACAACAAGCUGCACUAA